AUGUCGGACGAUUCAGUGCUCAGCCAGCCUGCCGAACCGGGUCUCACUUCUAGCCAUCCAGAUUCGCAGGAACCCUUAUCCGUGCCAACGGAAAAUAUAGAAUCAAAACUCCCUGUCGAGUCACUUACACCCCAUGGCCACCUGCCCUCCGAGACCCAGGAUGAGCCACAGGCCGCCGAGGCGACCGUCGAGCACUCAACCGGUGUCCCGGGACUAGAUGAUACCGCUGUCACCUCAGAACAAUCUGAAUUAUUAACACUCUUGGAAUCGGCAACUCCGCAGACAUCUCAGCCAGACACUUCAGACGCUUCAAACGCUCCGGAAAAUCCUCCUGCGGUAGAGGAUACAACUCCGGCUCACUCUGAACUUCUCACCACCCUGGAGUCGGCCACUACAGAGAAUCUUCAGCCAGACGCUCCAGAACACCCCCCAGUCGCCGAGGAUGUAACUCCGGCUAACGUGGAAUCGAACCAGCCUGAGGAACACCAAACAGUCGAAACUGCUGGAGAACAGGACAGGUUAAUCCCAACGCCCACGGCCGCCGACAUUCUCGCGCGCAACGAUAUCGUUUCAAGGACUAAUUCGUUCCCUGCCUUCAUUUCAAAUGGUGAAUCGGCCGAACACAACACCUCCGCUCUUGGACCGGAUAAUGUCGCUGAACCGCAGCAGGAUAUGGGAAACGAUACCACCUAUGCUCCUCCUGCGGAGCCUGAGGUUGUUUCAGAAGAUCGACGCUCCUCGUAUCCCUGGAAUGAUGACGCGCAAAUGGAGGCUGAAGGUGAAGAUUUUUUCAGCCAAGUUAGCACUCAGACGAAGCCAAUAUAUAUUCCUCCAGAAUUUGCCGAGUCGAGGUUCGAGGAAGGCUUGCCGCUUGUGGACAACAGUAGCCAGGAUGAUGACUCGCCGAUCCCACAGUCGAACCCGAAUAAGCCCCUCGAUUCCGUAUUUGGAGAAGAUACGGCAACGGAGGAAGAUGGAUUUUUCAGCUCCAAUUCAGCUGCGGCAGAACGGUCGCCCAAUGCACCCCCUGCGUUGCACCGAAAACAGACAUCACAAGUGCUAAGUUCCUUAAAAAUGGACGACACCUUUCAGGGAGACGACUCUCCUAUCGAACGUUCAUAUGCUCAGGGACAGCAGUUCCCUGACUCUGGGGAAACCACGGAUUCGAAGCAUGAUGCCGCCGAGCCGGCGAGCCUGGAUGAAAAUGACCUUGCGGAGCGAUGGAAAGCAGAACUCGAUGAUGACUUACUUGAUGAUGAGCUACUCGACGACGAUUUACUUGAUGAUGAAAAUAAAGUGUCUGAACCCACCCAGGCUGAGCAACCCCCAGUUGCGGCACAGCGCUACGCUCCAAGCUCGUCAGGAUACGCACCCCAGGCUGCUCCUGUACCGGCUUUAGUAAACCCCUACGCUCCACACCAGCCAUCCUCUUCGUCGAUGAUCGAAGGCAUAGCUCCCGCUAUUUACGGGGAGCAUGUACAGCCCAUUAGCCCAGUUGGUGGAUAUGCAGAAAGUUUUUCGAACCAGUCAAAGGCUGGAUAUAAGUCUCCUUACGAUUUACCCGAUGAUUUACAGCCAAAACGUCGCGUUAUUGCACGUACAACAUCUAAUAUCAGCCUGCCAUUUCAACCCAUGCCAGGCUCACGGCCUUCCAGCUCUUACAGUGCAGCACCUCCACCACUGGCGCCUCCAGUAGCAUCCAAUGCUGCGUAUGUUCCUCCGCCUCAACCCUUGGCUCAACGCCCUGCCGCGAGCAACUUUUUUGAGGAACUUCCAGCGCCCGCUCGAUCGAGACCAUCUACAAGAGGAAGAUAUGCUCCUCAACCUGCGGAAACAGCCCCGGGACCCUCGAUGAUGUCGCCGCCCGCACAACAGCACAAUGAACCUCAACCCCAGAGCCAAUACCAAUUGCAGCCACCUGCAAGAAUGGACCCUUAUGCGAAUGUCCCAUCCCCUGCUGGCCUAGGUGCCCCUAAGCCACAGCAGUAUUCCGCGAAACCUAAUGGGAAGCCAGCAUCAUCAGCCCGUUAUUCACCUGCUCCCCCCCUAUCUAGUAGUGCUCCUAGUCACUCGUAUCUGCCCAACCACGCGGGCCCAUACGCCGCAGGAAUCACACUCCCGUUUCAACCCAGAACAUCGAGUCCAUUAGCACAGCACGAUUCCAGCCAUAUUAGAUCUCAUGGCCAGCCAGAGACCCCUCGUGAUAAUAAUUUUAUCAACCAUGAAUCAGCACAGCUCUUGUCGCCUCCGAGCACCCAUGGCGACUUUAACUCCAGGAAUUAUAGCCCGACAAUGAACGCAGGCUCCUCUGCACAAUCCAGCAUGCCACCGCCUCCAGCCCCAGUACGGACGUCGCCGCCUCGUAGGUCACAAACCCAGUCCCCUGGGAAGCGGAUAUACAGUCAAGGGCAAACAGCAGCGCUACAGGACAGCUCUCAAAGACCUGCAUCUGCUCAUGCUCCUAGUGCUCCCGUGCCCACUGCUCACGCCCAACUUACUCGUGCUAUGACCGUCGACUCGCAUCCAGCGCCUGUACUCGAGUUCAUUCCUCCAGCUGACAAUCAAGCGCUUGAUAAUUUGGAACGUUGGAAAGGCGCUCCUAUCGUUAAGUUUGGUUUCGGCGGUGUUUUGAUUAGUUCAUUCCCAAAACGAGUUCCCAUGUAUUCAACUGGCCAAAUUGCCCCUCGCGUGAAACCCGUUCCUGGAGAGAUCAAAUUGCGUUCUAUUAAUGAGGCUAUUCCUGAGCCGGCUGUGAAAUUCCCUGGCCCUCUAAAGUCCAAAUCUAAAAAGAAGGAAGUUAUCACCUGGUUAUCUAACAUGAUAUCUAGCUUCGAACAUGAGGAGCCGCAAGGCUUCGCGCAACUUACCCAGGCGGAGUACCAAUCCAAGCAAGAAAAGAUCCUGCUUUGGAAGGUCCUUAGGACACUAGUUGAGCAUGAUGGCGUUCUUCGAGGAACGCCGGAGGUUGAAAAAAGCCUUCGAGGGAUUCUUUCGCCCAUCACUCAGCAAGACGAUCAACUAGCACCCACCAUCGGCUCAUCGAAUGAGCUAUUUGGCAAAGCAGAACCGGCCAAUGUCAAUCUUAAUACAAUUCAACAUCAUCUUCUCCUCGGGGAACGUGAAAAGGCUGUGUGGAAUGCUGUUGACAAUCGCUUGUGGGGCCAUGCAAUGUUGCUAUCUUCGACUCUUAAUCCAUCGAUCUGGAAACAGGUUGUUCAAGAGUUCAUUCGUAGGGAAGUACGAUCUGUUGGUGAAAAUACCCAGUCACUUGCAGCUCUCUAUGAAGUAUUGGCUGGAAAUUUUGAAGAAAGUGCCGACGAACUAGUCCCCCCAUCUGCGCGGGCGGGUCUACAAAUGGUAAACAUGCGUACAGGUCAAGGGCCAGCAGGAAACGCCCUUGAUGGACUCAACAAAUGGCAAGAGACUCUGAGCUUGAUUUUGAGCAACCGCAGCUCACAAGAUGACCAAGCUAUACUGGCCUUGGGCCGGUUGCUUUCGUCCUAUGGAAGAAUUGAGGCUGCACACAUUUGCUUUUUAGUUGCUAGAUCGAACGCCAACCCCAUCUUUGGAAGUGUCGAUGACCCAAAUACUCAUAUUGUCCUCAUUGGUGCCGACCAUAAACGAUAUCCAUUUACGUUCAUGGCUGAGCCAACCUGCUGCUUGCUUACCGAAAUAUACGAAUUCGCUACCUCCGUCUUGACAGCGACCCCGUUGCAUGUCCUACCUCACCUCCAGGCUUUCAAAUUACAGCAUGCUUUGACUCUUGCCGAAACUGGCCACAAGACGGAAGCCCAACAAUACUGUGAAGCUAUUGGUGCGUUGCUGAAGGCGGCAGCGAAACUCUCGCCGCAUUAUAACCAGCGAUUCUUCAUAGAGUUAGAGGAGCUUUCAAACCGUCUCCGACAAUCGCCUGGCGAUGUGGCAUCUUCCUGGAUGUCGAAACCAAGCAUGGAGAAAGUGUCUGGCUCGAUGUGGGCGAAGUUUAACAGCUUCGUAGCUGGAGAUGAUGCAGGCCCUACUUCAUCUGAUUCUCCCAAGGCUCAUGAUGAGCAAGGCCCAUUUGCGAAUAUCGUUGGCACACCACCAAUUAGUCACUCGCCAGGUGGACCGGAAUCGUACGGUUCAUAUUUCCCACAGCAGCAGCAGCAACAACCGGUUCCCAUCCCUACCUCGAAUUCUCGCUAUGCACCCAACAAUCAAUACGCGCCUUUCUCCUCGCCGGAUCAGCUUCGUGGUCGCCGUUCUCUAGACUCGCAACGCUCCCCCUCGCGUGGUGCAACAGGACGGUCAUACUCCCAGAGGCGCCAUUCACAGGAUCCAUCAACCACAUUGGAAGGUAGCUACAACCCGAUCAAUGCCGGUCACGUUUAUUCCCCAUCAGGGAUGGCGCCUCACGCCGCAACGCAUUCUGCACCAUUGCCCACGCACUCGUCCCUCGCUCCGGUUGAGGAGGCUAGCUCAUCUCUAGCUCCAAGCACUACCUCAGAGAAUGCUCCUGGCCUAGGCGUAUCGGCGCCAGGUGCCAGUCCAUUCCAGUCCGCUUACCAGCCAGGCAAUAAUAUGUACACACCUCCCUCUCAGGGCUCCCUUGGGGGAUAUGAACCGCCGUCAGAUGGCGGAGGAUACCAGCCGCCAUCUUACGAACCACCAUCUUAUGAAGCUCCUGCAGAUGAACCAGAAUCGGCUGAGAGUGAGCAUUCUGAGGAGCAGAAACCUAAGGGUAAGAGCUUCAUGGAUGAUGAUGGCGAUGAUCAUGUUGCCAAGGGCCCAGCAAAUGGAGUGGAAACCGAGCGAGGCCGUAGGGAUAGAGAAGCGGCGGAGCUUGUCAGGAAGGCCGCAGAAGAAGAUGCCAAAAAAGCACCAGUAGACCCAAAGAAAGGCUGGUUUACGGGUUGGUUCGGGAAGCGAGACCCAAGCGCUUCCGGUGGCCCUAUCCGUGCCAAAUUAGGAGAACAGAGUUCCUUUUACUUUGACGAAGACCUUAAACGAUGGGUCAACAAAAAGGACCCUGAUAGUGCAACGGCAGCUGCACCGGUCUUGCCUCCUCCUCCCAGAGGCUCAGCGCCCGGCAGCCGGUCUGCCAGCUCUGAACAACGACCACCAACCUCUGCAUCCGUUGCGAGUGCCCCCGAUGCACUCCCUAUCCCACUGGCUCGAGGAUUGUCCGCGCAAGGCCCAAGUUCGCCGUACGGCUCGGCCCCUCCUACAUCUUCAUUGGGGGUGCCGUUCUCCAGUAGCCCUGGGCGCUCAUUCUCUGCCGGAACUCCACCCACUGGGCCGUCUUCAAGGCCCAGCACUGCAUUGAGCCAUGCAAGUUCAAUCGAUGACUUGCUCGCAGCUCCACAGGCCAAAAAGGGAGGCACGCUCAAAGGUCGUAAGAAGGGUAGAUAUAUCGACGUUAUGGCAACGUCGUGA